AUGGAUAAAAUUAAAGCACUUGAAGCACUAGUGGAUUUAGUUGAUUCAGAGGAAGGUAUAGUAGACUUCGAGGUGUCAGCGGCUGGGGAGAAAGUCUCCGUAGAAUUUGAGACACCAGUGGAUUGUAAGGAAGACUCGGUAGAAGUUGAGAUAGCAGUGGAUGAGGAGGAAGACUCGGUAGAAUUUGAGCCCCCAGUGGAUGAGGAGGAAGACUCGGUAGGAUUUGAGUCGCUACUGACUGAGGAAGAAGACUCGGUAGGAUAUGAGCCACCAGCGGAUGAGGAGGAAGACUCCGUAGGAUUUGAGCCACCAGUGGAUGAGUAG